AUGUCCCAGAAGGCUGUUGUUAUCACCGCUCCCAAAAAGGCAUCCCUUGUCUCGGACCGCCCGAUACCUAAGCUUCGCGACGACUAUAUCCUUGUUAAAACUGUCAGUGUAGCAUUGAACCCCACCGAUUGGAAGCAUGUUGAAUAUCUCGGAAUUCCCGGCUCCCUGGUCGGAUGUGACUACGCUGGAAUUGUUGAGGAAGUAGGCAAGGACGUUAAAAAGUCCUUCCGCAAAGGCGACCGGGUCUGCGGCUUUACCCAUGGCUCCAACGCCGUGCAACCCGAGGACGGCUGCUUCGCUGAGUAUAUCGUUGCGAAGGGUGAUCUCCAGAUGCACAUCCCCGAGUCGUUGAGCUUCCAAGAAGCUGCCACUUUGGGAGUCGGCAUUACUACUGUUGGCCAAGGCCUGUAUCAAAGUCUGAAAUUGGCUCUGCCAACCGAACCCAUCUCCGAGCCAGAGCCGAUUCUGAUCUACGGCGGUUCGACUGCUACCGGAUCGCUGGCGAUCCAGUAUGCCAAGCUUUCGGGCUACAAGGUUAUCACCACCUGCUCGCCUCACAAUUUCGGCUUGGUUAAGAAGCUCGGUGCGGAUGAAGUAUAUGACUACCGUGACCCUAAGUCCGCUCAGGCUAUCCGCGAGGCUACCAACGACAACCUGAGACUAGUUUUCGACACUAUCUCUCUGGAAGCCAGUGCUAAGUUCUGUGACAACGCUCUUUCUACCAAGGGUGGGGAGUACAGCAACCUGCUCAACAGCAAGAUUGAGCGUGAGAAUGUCAAUGAUCGCGCAACUCUUGGGUACACUGUCAUCGGAGAGGCGUUCAGCUUCGGUGAGCACAAGAUUCCUGCGAAGCCUCAGGACAAGGAAUUCGGUGAGAUGUUCUGGUCCCUUUCCGAGCCCUUGAUUGCGCAGGGUAAGAUCAAGGUGCACCCCCCCAAGGUUUGCGCCGAUGGAUUGAAGGGUGUGUUGGAGGGAAUGCAAUUGAUGAAGGAGGACAAGGUCAGUGGGCAGAAGCUGGUGUACAAUGUUUCCGAGACUCCUUAG